UCCCUCUAGCACUAGACCAACCGCUCCUCGCUCUCCAAACUGCAUUCAGUCUCGUAGAGGAGGAGAGCUGCUUCUCAAAUCGCAAUUCACAGCAGAGAGACGGUCAGAUCUGAGCUCCCGAUGAUCUUCGCCUUCCUCCACCUGCUCUGCCUUUCAAGUUCGCAGCUUUAACUUGUAUGCUAUUUUGUUCUGAUUACUCACCAAUGGCAAAAUCAAGGCAACAUUUCUCUAGCCAAGAUUCAUCACUGUCCCCAACUUCUGUGCGAUCCCAAGAAUGGGAGGGUCCAUCAAGAUGGACUGAAUAUUUGGGUCCAGAGACAACUUCUCCAAUGAAUUCGAGGAGCUCCAGGAAUUCAGGUCCUGAUGAACAGGUCCACAGUUCAGGCGGGUCCCACAAAGGCUUGAACAUCCAGUGGGUAGUUCAAGUAACUGAAGUGGCAGAAGGUCUUAUGGCUAAAAUGUAUAGGCUGAACCAAAUUUUGGAUUACCCGGAUCCAGUUGGCCAUGUAUUUUCAGAAGCAUUUUGGAAAGCCGGUGUGUUCCCCAACCAUCCAAGAAUUUGCUUGUUACUCUCAAAGAAGUUCCCUGAACAUUAUAGCAAACUACAGCUUGAACGCGUUGAUAAGGUUUCUUGGGAUGCCUUGCAAGACAAUGCAGAACUUCAUUUACAAAGCUUGGAACCAUGGAUCCAGCUGCUUGUUGAUUUGAUGGCAUUCCGAGAACAAGCUCUACGACUCAUAUUGGAUCUGAGCAGCAUAGUUAUUACCUUGUUGCCCCAUCAGAACUCACUUAUACUACAUGCAUUUAUGGAUCUCUUUUGUUCCUUUGUCCGCGUGAACCUUUUCUCAGAGAAGAUGCCAAGGAAAAUGAUGCUACAAAUGUAUAACCUUUUGCAUUCCAUGUCAAGAGACCGAGAUUGUGAUUUUUAUCAUCGGUUGGUUCAGUUUAUAGACAGUUAUGAUCCACCGCUGAAAGGAUUAAAAGAAGACCUAAAUUUUGUGAGCCCACGUAUUGGAGAGGUGCUAGAGGCUGUGGGACCUAUCAUUUUUCUGUCAACAGAUACAAGAAAGCUCAGAAAUGAAGGUUUUUUAAGUCCAUAUCAUCCUCGAUAUCCAGACAUACUUACAAAUUCUGCUCACCCAAUGAGAGCUCAGGAUCUAGCAAAUGUCACCUCUUAUCGUGAAUGGGUAUUAUUUGGGUAUCUUGUUUGUCCUGAUGAGCUUCUUCGAGUUACUAGCAUUGACAUUGCUCUGGUCGUAUUGAAAGAAAAUCUGGUUCUUACUUUGUUCAGGGAUGAGUAUAUACUUUUGCAUGAGGAUUAUCAGCUAUAUGUCCUGCCACUGAUUUUAGAAUCAAAGAAGAUGGCAAAGUCUGGUCGUACGAAGCAAAAAGAAGCAGAUCUGGAGUAUAGUGUAGCUAAGCAAGUUGAGAAAAUGAUAAGUGAAGUGCAUGAGCAAGCAUUACUCUCGUGUGAUGCCAUUCAUCAUGAGAGGAGAAUAUUGCUAAAGCAAGAGAUUGGAAGAAUGGCGCUUUUCUUCACUGAUCAGCCCAGCUUGUUGGCUCCAAACAUACAAAUGGUAUUCUCUGCCUUGGCUUUUGCUCAAUGUGAGGUCAUCUGGUAUUUCCAACAUAUUGGGAUUGUGUCAUCAAAAUCAAAGACCACUCGAAUGGUACCUGUUGACAUAGACCCCAGUGAUCCAACUAUUGGGUUCUUAUUAGAUGGAAUGGACCAUCUAUGCUGUUUAGUACGCAAGUACAUUGCAGCGAUUCGAGGUUAUGCAUUAUCAUACCUUUCUUCUUGUGCUGUUAGAAUCCGGUCUUUGUUGAAUACCCCUGGGAUGGUGGCUCUUGACUUAGAUUCAAGCUUGAAAGGUCUUUUUCAGCAGAUUGUUCAGCACCUUGAAAACAUACCAAAACCACAGGGUGAAAAUGUAUCUGCCAUUACAUGUGAUCUAACUGAAUUCCGAAAGGAUUGGUUAUCAAUAUUGAUGAUAGUCACAUCUUCCCGAUCAUCUAUAAACAUAAGACAUUUGGAGAAAGCUACAGUUUCUACUGGGAAAGAAGGCUUAUUAUCGGAAGGAAAUGCUGCAUACAAUUGGUCCAGAUGUGUUGAUGAACUCGAAUCUCAAUUAUCAAAGCAUGCGAGUAUUAAGAAGUUGUAUUUUUACCAUCAGCACCUUACAGCAGUCUUCAGGAACACUAUGUUUGGCCCAGAAGGGCGCCCACAGCAUUGCUGUGCAUGGCUUGGCAUUGCAAGUAGUUUCCCAGAAUGUGCUUCCCCCAUUGUUCCAGAAGAGGUAACUAAAAUUGGCAGGGAUGCUGUCCUUUAUGUUGAAUCUCUCAUUGAAUCAAUAAUGGGAGGACUCGAGGGAUUAAUCAACAUACUUGAUUCUGAAGGAGGAUUCGGUGCCCUUGAGAUCCAGCUUCUUCCAGAGCAGGCAGCGUAUUAUAUGAAUUAUGCAUCCAGAGUAUCAAAUCUUUCAGCUAAAUCUCCGAAGGGAGCAUCUGGUUUCCUUUUUCCUGGUCAGGAAAGUCAUCCUGAAAAUAAUACUUCUAUCAAAAUGUUAGAAGCUGCAGUGCAGAGACUGACCAAUUUAUGCUUGGUUUUGAACGAUAUGGAGCCAAUAUGUGUGCUAAACCAUGUUUUUGUCUUAAGGGAGUACAUGAGAGAAUGCAUCCUUGGGAACCUUAGGAGGAGAUUUCUUUCGGCACUGAAAACUGAUACUGAUCUCCAACGGCCUUCUGUUCUUGAGUCACUUAUUCGGCGACACAUAAGCAUAAUCCAUCUGGCAGAGCAGCAUAUUAGCAUGGACCUAACUCAAGGUAUUCGAGAAAUUCUGCUCUCAGAGGCCUUCUCAGGACCCGUUUCUUCUUUGCAUUUGUUUGAGAAGCCAGCAGAGCAACACACAGGAUCAGCCACUGAGGCUGUUUGCAACUGGUACAUUGAAAAUAUAAUCAAGGAUAUAUCUGGCGCUGGAAUCCUUUUUGCUCCAAUUCACAAAUGCUUCAAGAGCACGAGGCCUGUUGGUGGAUAUUUUGCUGAUUCAGUCACUGAUAUCAAAGAAUUGAAGGCCUUUGUUCGGAUUUUUGGUGGCUAUGGAGUUGACAGGUUAGACAGAAUGCUGAAAGAACACACUGCUGCCCUUUUGAAUUGUAUUGACACAUCAUUGAGAUCGAACCGUGAAGUGCUAGAGGCAGUUGCUGGCAGCCUGCAUUCUGGUGACCGAAUGGAAAGAGACGCAUCAAUAAAGCAGAUACUCGAUAUAGACACCGUGAUUGGGUUUUGCGUUCAAGCUGGGCUGGCCUUGGCUUUUGACAGACUUCUAGCUGAAGCUUCUGGAGCUGUGCUCUUAGAAGGUGCGCCCUUGAUACAUUCGUUGUUGACUGGGAUAGCUAAGCAUAUACCUGAAGAAAUACCUGAAAAGAUAGAAAUCAGGAGAUUGAGGGGUGUGGCAAACAACUUUGGUGUAGUUUACGAUCAUGAUUCUCAAUGGGUGAGAUUUAUCUUAGAAGAGGUUGGAUGUGCAAACGAUGGUUCAUGGAGCUUCUUGCCUUAUUUAUUUGCCACCUUCAUGACUUCUAAUAUUUGGAAUACGACUGCCUUCAACGUGGACACAGGGGGAUUCAACAACAAUAUCCACUGCUUGGCAAGGUGCAUUACUGCUGUAAUUGCAGGAAGUGAGUUUGUUAGACUGGAGCGUGAGCAUCAACAAAGACAAUCUCUCUCAAAUGGACGUGCUGUCGAUACAGGGGACACUGAAAUGCAAAAUCGUUCUUCAGCUGAGGCGAGCAUAAAAUCCACAAUGCAGCUCUUCGUCAAAUUCUCUGCAGGCAUUAUACUGGAUUCAUGGAAUGAAACUAACCGAUCUCAUCUUGUUGCACAGCUAAUCUUCCUAGACCAACUUUGUGAGAUCUCUCCUUAUCUUCCAAGAAGCUCUCUGGAAUCCCAUGUUCCAUACGCCAUUCUUCGCUCGAUAUACAGCCAGUAUUACGAAAACUCUCCAUCGAUGCCACUUGCAUUACUUAGUGGUUCACCCCGCCAUUCACCUGCUGCAUCGCUCUCACAUUCUUCUCCUGGAGUGCGACAUCCUCACGGCGACUCCACUCAGUAUGAUUCAACUUAUUUCAAGGGAUCAUCAUCCCAUGGCCAGGAGUAUGAUGCUGACAGCGGAAGCUUACGGAGCACAGAAAGCAGGCUGCGGAAUGUUCGUCGUUCCGGGCCUUUAGAUUACAGCUCAAGCCGUAGUAAACUCAAGUUUGUGGAAGGCUCAACUUCAGGGAGUACCGGCCCCAGCCCGCUACCGAGGUUCGCUGUCUCAAGAUCCGGUCCAAUAUCCUACAAGUGAAAAAAACGAAGUGAACACGAGUUAAGGGGUAAAAGGGAUGGUAAUUUAUCUACUCUGGAAUUCUUUCAACGCUUCAGUUAUUAGACAGAGAGAGGGGCUAGUUCAUACAAAUUUUGACAAAUUGUAUAUCUUUAUAUAUUUUGUUUCUGUAUAAAAAUUACCAAUAAUAUUAAGACAGAAAUCAAAUUAAAUCCUAUGCAAGUCAA